UUCGUUGAUUUUUUUAUUUUAAAAAUAUGAAAUAAAUGGUAAGAGACUACUAUAUAAAGAAAGAGAGGUGGGGUGUUGAAUAGUAGUAGUCAUAAAACAUAAAAACAUACAUCAUCAAACUUAAGAAGCUCUAAUACGUUUUAUAGUAACACAUAAACAACAAACAACUUGAUAGUAAACUAACUAGCUAAUAUGGCAACAAUGGAGUGGUCUCCUCAACAUGCAAUGAAAGCUUUCUUGCAAACUCUUCAUUUGUGUAAAGAGAAUAACAUACAAAAUGAAGAAGAAAGGUAUGGAGUAGAUGGAAGCAAAGUAAUCGAACCACAAGGAACAGAAUUACUAUCAGCUUUAGCAGCAGGAAACAAAGCAAGAAUAAUACUAGACAUAACAUCCCACCAAAAAGGCGUUACACCCUUAACACUUGCACUAGCAGUUGCUGCUAAACAAACUGAAGGCAAACUCAUAUGCAUUCGUCCCACUCUUCAAUCCCUCUUCGGACUAGACCACUACGUCGAUCGCGACCACGACAACUGUGACGCUAGUGGCGUCACCGAACUACGAGUUGGUGAUCCAUGUGAACUAAUAAACAACAUUCGGAACGUUGAUUUCGCAGUCAUUGACUGCACCGGUUUCGACCCGAGUCGCCUGAGAACAUUAUCCGAGAGGUUGCACAUGAAUCCAAGAGGUGCUAUAAUUGUUGCUAACAAUAUAACACAAAGAGAACAAGGUGUUGUGCUUAUUGAUCAGUUGUUAAAGGGUAAAAGAGGAGUUGAAUCUUCUGUUAGAACUUUACCUUUGAGUUCUUCAACAGGAUUUCAACUCAUUAUUAAAAUAAAAUCUAAGUGUCAGAGGAGGAAACAUAAGAGAUUUUUUGUUACAUUUGAUGAUUGAAUAAUGAUCAUCUUAUGUUGUUUUUUUCAUUUCUGUUGUUUCUUUUUCUGAGUGAUGUUAUGUACACAAUAUAAUACUUGAAUUGACUUGUACAUUAGAUUUUGACAAUUAUAACUGUGCUCCCAUUUUUUUUUUGUUGGUGCAGUAAUUAACCAAGCUUGUUUGGUAAUUACUGGAUUACUUUUUCAUGAUAUUUUCAUGUAUCAGAAAGGAGGGCUAGGUUAAAUUACUGUGUAAUUUUAUGUACACUUUUUUUUCCCAAGUGUUUA